UUAAUUCAUUCAUAUUAAAAUAUAUUCUCGCAUUAAACCAAACAAAAUUCGAGUACAACUAAUAAAAUUUCGCCUUGUGCUGUAAAAUCUAAUUUUCAAAAUAUACUGAAGAUCAACUAAAGCAUUAAAUGCAUAUUAGAAAGUUAAAUAAAUAAUAAAACAAGCUCUAGCCGACAACAAAAGUAUAAGGUGACGAACAAUACGAGAAUCAAAGUCCAACAAUUUAUUGGAUUAACAAAAUUGCUGGUUGAAUUUUUAGAUAUAAAAGCGAAGAUACAGUUUCAAGCAAUGACAGAACAAGAAGCAUUGCUUCAACAAAGUAGUAGUAUGACCUCGACGUAUAUGACUCCACAAGAAGAGGCAUUACAAGCACUUUGCAAAAAAUUGUUGAAAUCUAGAUUCUUUCGCGGCUACUAUGAAGAACGUCGUUUCGUGGAUUCUGUAGCGGGCUACAGAGAUAUAGUUGAUCUACAUCGUGGGGAACGUGAUUUGGAGCUUUUAUUGCUAGACAUUAGAAGUAAAUUACAAAUUUUUUACCAACAUUCACCACAGGUAUGGAUUGGCAUAACGCACGGUGCUUUUAUGGGAGUAACACCUAAAAAGAAUACACUCGAUACACAUAUAUGGGUACAACUACAGGAAGUUGCAUUUGGCCAUUAUUGGUUCAGUAUAAAAAGCAUACGCUUUCGAAGGAAUGAAGUGAUAUUAAAGUUAAAUGUUGUGCGCAAUGUAGAAGCUGAUUCACUCAUUGAAAGAACUCAAAUAUCAACGUCUACGCUAAUGUACGCUAAAGAUGCUUCAAAAUUGCCCUUCACAACAGACAAUUCAGUAAAUGCAUUAAAUAAUGCGCCAAAGCUUAGCGAGGAUAUGUUGAGUGGUCCUAUAGUAAUACAACCGGAAGUGCUACAAAUCGGUUAUGAAGACUUCGUUAAUAUUGUACGCAACUGGGGUACAACCAUAAAACAUUCAGUAUAUGAUUUUAUGUCGAAUGAUAUAAACAAAGAUAAUAUAAAGGAUUUCCUGCAAUUUCUGGGCUUAGUUGUGAUCUCUCUGUUGACCGGCAGUGUUGUGGCUAUCAAGUAUUUAGGUACUUUUGCAUUGCGUUUUAUGUUUGAAUUCACCCGCUUUACGCAUGUUAUGACACCAAUCAUACUAAAAGUAAUAGAGGCGAUAAAUAAAAUUAUUGGUGGAUUUUAUAUAUUGCUAGCAAUGAUUUGGAAGGAUGCAUUUAUGAAAAAAAGAAUGACAGCCACACAACAACUGCAAGAUUUUAAUGCACAACCGCCCAGAGAAUUGAAAGCCAUAGAAUACAAUCGACAGCAAUACAAAAGUAAUUUUGAAUAUAAUAUACGGCAACCGCCUGUGAUGCGCUCUAGUAUGGGUCCCUUUACAGAGUUUGAACGAAAAUUUCAAUAAAGUGAUAUUCCGCCGGCGAAUUUUAGAACAAAUUUAUUUAUGAAUCUUAAUGAUAGAUACACAUUGUAGCACUAAAUUGAUUGCCUGAUAAUAGAAUAAAUCAUAAUUGAACGAAAGGCGAGCAUUCCUUAUAAUGUAUGUAAAUAAAAUGCAUCCAUAUGAAAACGGCAAAAUAAUUUAAAAAAUGUGCUGAGAGAAUUAACAAAAAAUUUAAAAGAAAUGUUAUAUUUUUUAUUACUCAACUAGUGGCAUUAUUUGUAUAAAGUAUAAACGUGAUAAAGUUAUUGAACAUCAUCGCUAACAAAUGGUGUUGAGGUGCUUGUGCUGAAAUGAACGCUAGAUGAACUAAAGUUGAAUGAAUACAUAUUUGCAAUCACAAUAACAAGUAAUUUAGAUAAGCUAAAGAUAGAUUUUAUCUGUUUUAGACAAAUAAUUAUAUCUUUGCUUAUAUUUUACUCAAAUAUUUAUUAUAGUUAUUCAACUGUAGUUAGCCUAACGUUCAUUUUGGUUCAAUUUAUUAUAUUAGACAUAUGCAGUUUACAAUUAUGUCACGACUUAAAAAGAAAUUAAUUGUGAAUCACUUUGAAAAUGUAAUAAAAAUAAAAAGCAACAAUUGUAAAUAUAAAAUCAUUUAUGGCUUAUUUUGUAAAAUUGUGGACUCUAUGCACGUACAUCGAACGAAUUUGGAUUAUAUAUUAAUAUUGACCUACUACUACUUACCGAGCCAAACGCCGAAAUAACUGCGUUCCAACCCUGUUUUGAUUAUUUUAAUGUACAACGACGGCCUUUCCGCACUUUAUGUUUAAAUUUAAAUAGUAUUGUAUUUACGUAUAUAAUUUCUAUACAUUUAAAUAAUUUUUGAUUUAAAAGUUCUUAAAAUAGAACACACACGCAAAGUUAUAUUGGUUUAUUUAUUUAAAAUUUUAACAAUAAAUGCAUUUGUACGAAAAGUAUUAACCAUAAA